AUGGUUGCUGUUAAGCGGCAUCAACCGUCACCCAUUGUGUUUGAUGGAAAGAAGGCUCAAGUUGCUCACCAGGAGCUUUGGUGGGCGCCUUGGUCUGGUGUUGAUGAGCCUAUGAUUCAUCCCAGGCAGAUGGCGUCUGGUAUACUUGUUGGUGAUAAUUGGACGUCUAAGUAUGUUCGAAAUUGUCUGCCUGUAAGUCAGCGUUUCCAUUAUAAUAAUCGUGAUCCUAAGGGUGCUAAAGAUACUAUUGUUGAGUUCUUUAAGGCGGGUUCGCCGCCGUGGUUGCCUAUUGAUCGUCAGGUUACUGAUGAUACUGGAAAGGAGGUUGGUAAUUUUGCUUCUCAGCAGUCUAUUGGUUACUUCUAUGUUGAUGGUCCGCCUACGUCUAAGGUGACUGUUGAUGUGGAAUUGAAGUUGACCAUAGCUUUGAGGGGCCGGAAGUGUUUGGGUGGUUUACGGGAUCUGUCUGGUCCUAUUAAUGCAAAUAACGCUGGUCAAACUGUCGGUAAUGAGGGUAUUGGUGAUAAUAUGAAGGAGGUAGAUAGUGGUAUUUAG